AUGCCCCUCCGCCCGCGCCCCGUCCCGCUCGAGCCAGACUCGCUCUACGUUGUCACCCAGCCCCUUCUGCACGGCGCCUUCCACUGGUCCCUCCUCCACAUCUCCUCCACCGGCCAGGCAACCCGACACCACUGGGCCCGCGCCGCGUUCCCCGCGUCCGCACUCUCGCCGUCUCGCUUCCCACAGUGCGCGCCGCCCCGGAACCACCACCGGCACCACCACCCCUCCUCCUCCUCCUCCUCCCACUUCUCGGCGCCGAAAUCGACGCCGACCGAGUGCUACAGCUCGCAGACGAUCGCGUGCCCCAUGACCGCGACGCCCUCGACCGUCGUCCUCGCGUAUUUCAAGGUGCGCGGGUACGCUCCCGUGCCCGUGCCCGUGCUCGCCGACAUCUGCGCGCACGCCUUCCCGCGCACCUACGGCUCGACGGAGGCCAACCGCGCAAAGGGGCUGACGUGCCGCACGUGGGUCACGAAAGUGCUGAAGGGCCUCAGGGAGGCGGGCUAUCUCCGCCGGGAUCCCUCGGGGAUCACAAGCUUAAGAGGGCCGCAAGCCGGUGGUGGUGGUGGUGGUGGCGCAAUCGAGGACGCCGAGCUGGAAGAGGAAGAGCGGAUCGAGCGCGAGGUGACGCAGAAGAGCCGGCAAUGCGACGCCGAGUACGCGACCGCGUUCUUAUGGUGUCGCGGGUACGACACGCUUGUGACGGUCGUAUGA